GGAUCAGUUGAAAUGAAUUUAGCGAUUCUCUGUUACUGCCUAAUUCUUCUGCAUCUUUUGGUAUCUUGCUGAGGAGAUGACAGCCCACUCUUACCUCUAAUGUAUCUGAGGAUAAGAGACUAUGAUGUGAAGAAUCAUCGCACCUUCCUGAAGCGCACCAAGUAUGAGAGCCUACACCUUGAGGAUUUAUUUGUGGGCAACAAAAUCACUGUUUUUUCCCGUCAUCUAACCUUAGUGGACUAUGGGGAUCAAUAUACAGCCCGCAAACUGGGAAGCCGUAAAGAGAAAACUCUGGCUUUGAUUAAACCUGAUGCAGUGCCCAAGAUUGGAGAAUUAAUUGAUAUCAUUAUUAAUGCAGGAUUUACAAUAACUAAAGCCAAAAUGAUGGUGCUUUCACGAAAAGAAGCAGCUGAUUUCUACGUAGACCAUCAAUCAAAACCUUUUUAUAAUGAGCUUCUCCAGUUCAUAACGAGUGGUCCCAUUGUUGCUAUGGAAAUCUUAGGUGAUGAUGCAGUUUGUAAAUGGAAAACAUUACUGGGGCCAGCAAACUCUGCAGCGGCACAGACUGAUACACCAGAGAGCAUUAGAGGGAACUUUGGACAUACUGGCCUAAGGAAUGCAGCUCAUGGCCCAGACUCAGUUGCUUCAGCUGCUCAAGAGCUGGAGUUGUUCUUUCCCUCCAAUGGAGGUCGUGGACCAGCCAACAGUGCAAAAUUCACAAACUGUACUUGUUGCAUUAUUAAGCCUCAUGCAGUUAGUGAAGGGCUAGCUGGAAAGAUUAUAAAAGCCAUCAUCAAUGAAGGAUUUCAGAUCUCAGCUCUGCAGAUGUUCAAUAUAGAACGUGCAAAUGUGGAAGAAUUUUAUGAGGUUUACAAAGGUGUCGUCUCUGAAUACAUGGAGAUGGUUACAGAAUUGUGUUCAGGCCCUUGCAUAGCAAUGGAGAUUAUACAACCUGAGCCUCUAAAAGUCUUCAGAGACUUUUGUGGUCCUUCUGACCCUGAAAUAGCUCGUCAUCUCCGACCUGGAACUCUGCGUGCUCUCUUUGGGAAGAACAAGGUUCAGAAUGCUGUCCACUGCACAGACCUACCCGAAGAUGGACUUUUGGAGGUGCAGUACUUCUUCAAGAUUCUGGACAACUGACAGCCUGUCCCAACCCACUCAGAAGACAUGCAGACGGAAUGGUGUGUUCAUUUAUUUAUUUGUCCAAUGUUUCAACCUGACUGAAAUACAAGAUCAACAAGAGCACUGUACUCCUGGCUAUUAUUACAUGUUAGAACAUAGAGUUUUGCACUUUAGACGACAUUUAACACCAUUCUAUGGGGUACUGCAUUGCUUUUAUAAAGUUUAAAAUAAAGAUUUAUUUUCAAA